CCUCUCGCCCGGCCGCCGAGCCGCCUUAACGGGAGGAGGGGCUCCUCGGGGGGCUGUCACUCUCCUUAAGCCUUUCCUUUCAAGCUUUGAAUGUGAGCUGCCCUCCAGCCCCCCUCUCUCCUUCCCUCCCUCCAGCAGCUCGUAAAGAGAGGAGGGGAAAAAAAAAAGUUUCAACAACAGGCUGGACCAAUGGCAAGUGGCGGAGCAGGGAAAGGGGGCCGAGCGAAGGGAGAAAAAAGUGGAGAAAAGGAGAAAGAGAGCGCGAGAGCGCAGGCUGGGGGGAUGUGUAAAAGAAGAAGCGUUGCUAAUUUUUUUUGUUUGUUUGCUUUUCCAUGCAUGCAUAAUGAGGCCUAAUCAGAGCACGUUGCUGCUGCUCGGAGGGCACUUUUGUAUUUAAAGCCUUGCAAAGAAAAAAAGAUCCACAGACGGAUCCGCAGAGCAGCUUGCAGGGCUUGUUGACAACAGAAGCAGCAUCAGUCGCCCAGAGAGAAAGAGACCCUGAAGGCUGCCUCUUCUUCCCGGUGCUAUCUUCUUGCUAGCGGGGAGACACAUUUCUUCUCCCCGCCACCCGAAAGUGCAACCCGUACCGAGAGGGAGUGAGCGGACCCGGGACUGUGAAUGGGAUCGGAGCGGCUGGCAUGUGCAGAGAUGCUGCGAGCGGAGAGUUAAAAGCUCCCGAGGAGGCAGCAGCGGCAGCUGGGCAUUUAUUUUGUGCAAAAAAAAAAAAAGAAAAAAAAAAAGACAAACGGAACUGCAUGAGGAGCAGGGCAGCAUCAUGAGCUCUCCCGGCGCAGCCUGCAAGUCCCCGAGCGCACUCCGAAGCCGCUCUCCUCCGAGUCCCCGUUUGCACUGAUUCCCCCCCCACCUCUCCGGGCGCCUUCGCCGCCGCCUCGCCAAGCCGGGAGCAGCGGGUGGGGGGCACGGGACGGCCCCGGGCGCCUGCUUCGUACCGCGGCCCCGCCGGUUUCAGCUCCCGGGGGCUGGAGGCCGUCGGAGCCGGCGCGGAUGGAUUGAUGCGAGGAGACCUCAUGCACACGGCCGGCGGGAGUUUCGCAAACUUUUCCACGGGCGGCAGCUCCUUCUCCUCAUCCUCGUCGUCUACCAGCGCCUCUCCCCCGCUCGCCUGCGGCAGCAGCCGCCGCCGCCACCCGCGAUGGUGGCCCGCUCGCCCGCUCGGCACGGAGGCGGCGGCGGGCGCCGCUGGCCGCGGCCGGCCGCCUGGCUGUGGCUGGCGGCGGCGCUGGGCGCCGUGUGGCCGCCGCGGGGCUCGCUGGUGCAGGGCCGGCGGCUGAUCUGCUGGCAGGCGGUGCUGCAGUGUCAGGGGGAGCCCGAGUGCAGCUACGCUUACAACCAGUACGCCGAAGCGUGCGCCCCGGUGCUCCUGCAGCAGCCACCGGCGGGAGGCGGCGGGGACGGGCCGGCGGCCGCUGCAGGCUCCGCCGCUUCCUCCAGGCGGCGGUGCCCCAGCCACUGCAUCGCGGCCCUCAUCCAGCUCAACCACACCCGGCGCGGCCCGGCGCUGGAGGACUGCGACUGCGCGCAGGACGAGAACUGCCGCGCCACCAAGCGCGCCAUCGAGCCCUGCCUGCCCCGCACCAGCAGCCCGGCGGGCGGCGGCCCCGGCGGCGGUCCCGGCGGCGGCGGCCCCGGCGUCAUGGGCUGCACGGAGGCGCGGCGGCGCUGCGACUGGGACAGCCGCUGCAGCCUGGCGCUCAACCGCUACAUGACCUACUGCGGGAAGCUGUUCAACGGGCUGCGCUGCACGCCGGAGUGCCGCGCCGUCAUCGAGGACAUGCUGGCCGUGCCCAAGGCCGUGCUGCUCAACGACUGCGUCUGCGACGGGCUGGAGCGGCCCAUCUGCGAGUCGGUCAAGGAGAACAUGGCCCGCCUCUGCUUCGGCGCGGACAUGGGCGGCAACGGCGCCGGCAGCAGCGGCGGCUCGGACGGCGGCCUGGAAGAGUACUACGACGAGGACUACGAGGAGGAGCCGAGCCAGAAGGGGAGGGACGACGCGGAGGACAAUGCGGGCUCCGAGCCCGGCUUCCCCGUGCAGGCGGAUAGCGCCGGUCGGCCUGCCGCUGCGGCCUGGGCGCUGCUGGCCUCCAUCUUGCUCCCGCUGCUGCUGCGGCUCUAGCGUUAUUCCCUCCCUCCCUCCGGGCCCUCCGCGCCGGGCCGCCGCUGGCCUCCUUGCGGACCCGGCCGGCGGGGCCCCUCGUCGGGGCGCGGUUUUAAACGAGCUGACCGUUACUCGGGGCGCCCUCUCCUCACCGCUCGCCCCCCCCCCGGAUCUCCCCGAAAGCGGAGGGCCCCCCUCUGCCUCCGCUGCUCCCGCAGCGCCCCUCCGCACCCUUCACCCGGCCUGGCCUGGCCUGGCCUGGCCUAGCCCAGCCGGCCGCUGCGGCCUUGCGAGCCGGCCGCCGGGGCGGUGGCCGGACCGGAGCGGGGUGCGGCCGCUGUUUUUUCUGGUGUCGGUCUCGAGUGUGCACUAUGCAAUUGCUGCCACCCUGCUUUCGUGUUAGCAGCGAGCGGACGGGCUGACGGAGAGACUGCUAGCGAGGCAGCGGCGGGCUCCCCGCUGCCGCCGGCCGACCCCCACACCCCCGGAAGAAUCUAGGAGUAGGGGCAUGGUGGUGGUGGCUUUUUUCAAGCGUUUUGACAUGAAGGUUAGAAAGAGGUGAGCUACCCAAACUUGCUGCCAAAGCUGUUGCGGUGCUGGUUAGUCAACAACUUACCAUUCUCCAACUCUCGCUCUUCCUGAUGCAGUGAUGCCCGAAAGGGGGUUACACCGCAUCUGCCGCUAAUUAGAUUUAAGGAAAUAGACUGAAUAAAUUCUGUGGUUUACAGCACUCCCUCUUGCACACGCAUCUUCCCUAUAACACAGGCAUGCCAGCAGCCAUCUCUUCCUCUUUAACCUAGCGACAUAAAAAAGAUUUUUUUUUUUUUCAGAGUUGUUGGCUAUACUGAACAAUGCAACUUUUGUUUUAAAAGAGCUCUGCACUGCCAUCUUUGAAAGACACUUUUAAACUCGAGAACAUGUAUGUACAAAUAUCCUGAAAAGUUAUAUUGCCUCUCCUCAUAUCAGGGUGCUGACCUCUGGUAAAUCUUAUAUAAAAAUGUAUUUAAAACUGGGAUUUGUUACCAGUCGCUCUUCUUUGUAUAUAGAAUUUUAUAAAUUGUAUGCUUUGGGGAUAAUUUAUUUUUAAAAAAAUAAUAAAAAGUUUUAAAUCUACAUCCUAUUUGCCACAUAAUUGCAUUUGCUAUUCUUUUCUGGAAAGGUACAGAUUUCAUUUUAUGUUUAAAGGGAUACCAGCAACAGUGAUUUCAGUGAAAUAUUCUCUAGAACAUCAAAUGUACAGUGUAUUUUAUAGAUUGGAAGUUAACUUUCUUAUUUGGAGAGACUUUAUGAAUGUUGUAGACUUGUAUAAACGCAUUUCUGAGCUGCCUUAAACCUUGUAUUUUUUAUAGGAGGCAUAAAAAAGGCCUGUGUUUUAAAUAUGUACGGCUUUUUGUAUUUUCUAAACGUGUAAAUUAGUAAAGAAAGAGCUUUAAAUAAUGGAUGUAGUGAAAUUGUUUUCUAGGGACACUUGAACUCUCAGCACCCGAGGUGGGGGGGAGGGAGCAAACCACAGAAUAACAAACCAAAAACAAUCAACAAACAAAAAUCUCUGUCUGCCUGUAAUACUUUACAUAGAUGUAAAUUACUGCUAUUCUUACUUUAAUGAAUAAUUACAUGCAAGAAGUAAAUACAGCUUUGAAAGUA